UACAUUUGAGCACUCUCAUGAGUGGAUUUAAUACAAUAUAUUACUGUCCCUAAGGGUAUUUUUUUUACUAGGGGUCCACAAUGAUCACAUGACUUUAACAACAUAUACAUUGUAUAAUUACAGGAAGUAGUGCGAAAUAUUGUCAUUAUAUACAGCUAAUAUAAUUAUAAUAAACAUUGAACCAAGAUCUAGGUAGCUGUGAUAGAAAUGGCUGUAAACAAUAAUAGCUGUGAGAUACGCCCUGAUGAUUCUGUGAAGCUUAUUGAGGAAGGAGAUAAACAAAACGAAAGAGAGAUAGAAGCCAGUUUAGACCAGCAACAACCAAGAAGACAAAUCAAUGACAGAAGACUAAAGCCUCCUCCACUUCCUCAACAACAGGAUCAGAAAAAGAGCUGCUUUGUGGCUGUCACCAUAGCAUUGUCUAUUCUUGCAGUUAUAGUGCUCGGUGCACUAGCAGCAGCUGGUGUGGCCAUACACAAAAGCAAUGUCUUGAACCAAGCACAAAUGACGGAUCUCGGACAAGUUCUUCGUGAUCAACUUCGUCUCGAGCUACAAGCACAGUUCCACACAGUGUACACUCGCUGGGGUAACUCCACAUGCCCUCCCACUGAAGGCACGUCGACACUGUACAAAGGACUAAUGGCUGGGCAUCAUACUAAGCCGUCCAAUCAGAUCACUGACUACAACGGUGGAACUAAUUUUCAGUGCUUACCACAGGAAAAUGUCGAGUAUGCGCUUCCCUCUUCACCAGGUAUCCAAGGAAACAACACUAUAUACGGAGCAGAAUAUCGGACAAGUAUCAAUCCCGACAGUAACCUCCAUAAUAUACCGUGUGCCGUGUGUUUGGUGAACGGCAGAACAGUUACAAAAAUGAUACCAGCUCGAACUACCUGCCCUUCUAAUUUGAGAAGGGAGUUCUAUGGCUACUUGAUGGCCCAAGAUCGUGACUACUCGACAUACGAGUGUGUGGACCUUGGUAUGGAGAUUGUCCCUGGAACAGCGAGGCAAGAAGGUGUGGCUGUGUUGGUCCAUGUUGAGGCCAGCUGCAACGGAUUGCCCUGUCAUCCUUAUAUUGAGGGAAAGGAACUGACUUGUGUAAUAUGCUCUAUUUGAACAGACUUUAGCCAGACUUAAACUCAUAUGCAUUAGUAGUUAGUAGCAAGCAAUGUCAAAGCUAUCAGUAAAAUUCCAAUGUUUAUGAUAACAUUUGUGCACUGUGUAGAACCGUGAUUUGAAUAUUGAAAAUGAAAUGCUGGAUAAUACAUUGUGUACAAUCAAUACCCCAUACC